AUGACUGGGGAGAAAAAGAAGAAGAAGCGGCUCAACCGCAGCAUUCUUCUGGCCAAGAAAAUUAUCAUAAAAGAUGGGGGAAGUCCUCAGGGAAUUGGCGAGCCCAGCGUCUACCACGCGGUGGUGGUCAUCUUCCUGGAGUUUUUUGCAUGGGGUCUACUCACCACUCCCAUGCUCACGGUAUUGCACCAGACAUUCCCCCACCACACAUUCCUGAUGAAUGGCCUCAUCCAUGGCGUCAAGGGCCUGCUGUCAUUUCUCAGCGCUCCGCUCAUUGGGGCCUUGUCAGACGUUUGGGGGCGCAAGUCCUUCCUGCUGCUCACGGUCUUCUUCACGUGCGCACCUAUCCCGUUGAUGAAGAUCAGCCCGUGGUGGUACUUUGCAGUCAUCUCCAUGUCGGGGGUCUUCGCCGUCACGUUCUCUGUCAUCUUUGCGUAUGUGGCCGACAUCACGCAGGAACAUGAGAGGAGCACGGCUUAUGGCUUGGUGUCAGCCACGUUCGCAGCCAGCCUGGUCACCAGCCCGGCCAUUGGCGCCUACCUGUCGGAUGCUUACGGCGACACACUGGUGGUGAUCCUGGCCACGGCCAUCGCGUUGCUGGACAUCUGCUUCAUCCUGGUGGCCGUGCCCGAGUCACUACCCGAGAAGAUGAGGCCGGCGUCGUGGGGCGCGCCAAUCUCCUGGGAACAGGCCGAUCCCUUUGCAUCUCUACGCAAAGUGGGCCAGGACUCAACAGUGCUGCUCAUCUGCAUCACAGUGUUUCUCUCCUACCUCCCUGAGGCGGGCCAGUACUCAAGCUUCUUCCUCUAUCUCAGACAGGUCAUCCGCUUCUCACAAGAGACAGUGGCUGCCUUCAUCGCUGUUGUGGGGAUCCUCUCCAUAUUAGCUCAGACGGUGGUACUGGGCAUCCUGAUGCGCUCCAUCGGGAACAAGAACACCAUCUUGCUGGGCCUCGGCUUCCAGAUCCUACAGCUAGCCUGGUAUGGCUUCGGCUCACAGCCCUGGAUGAUGUGGGCCGCUGGCGCCGUUGCGGCCAUGUCCAGCAUCACAUUCCCCGCCAUCAGCGCCAUCGUAUCCCGGAACGCCGACCCGGACCAACAAGGCGUGGUACAGGGCAUGAUCACGGGGAUCCGGGGCCUGUGCAACGGCUUGGGCCCUGCGCUCUACGGUUUCGUCUUCUACCUUUUUCACGUGGAGCUGACCAACACAGAUGCCUCGGAGAAAGGCGGCAAACCUAAUAUGGCCAACCCCACGGAUGAGAGCGCCAUCAUCCCAGGCCCUCCCUUCCUUUUCGGCGCCUGCUCGGUGCUGCUCUCACUGCUGGUGGCGCUGUUUAUUCCUGAGCACACGGGGCCCGGCGCCCGCCCCGGCGCCUAUAAGAAGCACAGCAACGGCGCUCAGAGCCACUCGCACAGCCCGCAAGGAAGCGGGGCCGAGGGGAAAGAACCUCUGCUGGAGGACAGCAGCGUAUAA